CCGUGGAAGCCAAUUAAUGCGACGUUUUCUCCCGAACCACCGGUCGAUCCCCUCCCCCUCCUCCACCCAUUGGCUUCCAAACCCCCCCGCCGUACAUGCUUUCCCGCUCCAAACUCGAGCCCAACCCGUUGUCCUCCACCUCCACCAACGUGCCCGUCUGCUUCUGGAAGGCCAGGGGGACCACGCCCAGGUCCCCGUCGUACCGAUUCUUCCGCACAUCCAGGUAAUGACGGCCCUGGUGGCGUUGGAGGAUGACCACGUUGUCCGCGUCCUGCGUCGCCUUGGCCGUUCCCGAGAAGGAGGAAAUUCCGAGACGGAACUGAUCGCUUUCCUUGCGGGGGUGCACCACCAAUAU